GUACAGUUUGGUUGGUCAGUUAAAUAUGAUCAAAUCUUAAACAUUCACCCGUAAAAUUCUACAGCAUUACGCAAAUUGCAGUACAUUUGCAUACUGGAAUCGGUUUCGAGUCGUGCUUUAGUUUGCUCAUUGUUUUAAGUUGUACAAUCUCACUAAUUUUUAAACGAUUGUUUUGCUUCCUGUUUAACUUCAGUAUUAGCAAUCCUUGUCUUUAGCAAUAUAUUACUAAAAAUUUCCAUGAUGGCACCCACCAAGGAAUUUUUGGAGACGCUGUUAAAACAAAAAGUUACCUCGUUCAGUACAGAAGAGGGGACCAAGCCUGGUGAUAAUGUGGCUGGUAGUUUACUCUCGAUCAAGGUCAAGGUCGCGUCGGGAGAGACGCUCCACCUGGUUAACAAAACGUACUCGGACGACCCCGAAUUCAAAGACUACGCCAUGAAAUUCGGCUUGUUCACGACGGAGAACACGCUCUACGAAACCGUGGGGCCGAGGGUGUCUGCACUCAUGAAGGCGAAAGGGGUCACAAAUCCGGACCUUCCGUUUCCAAAAUUUUAUGGGGGGAACGGGGACAUGAGCAAGGGUGAGGAGUUUCUCUGUCUCGAGGACGUCCGACCAGCCGGAUAUUCCAUGAAGGACAAGUUUGUCUCUUUUAAUCUGGAUGAAACUACGCUAGUUUUGCAAGAGUUGGCAAAAUAUCAUGCUUCUACGUAUUACUGGAUUCGAUAUGAAGGAGAAAAAAUAUUUGAUGAUGACGAGGGUCUCAAAAGAAUUAGAGAUUCGCCAUUUUCCGGAAGUGACCCAAUGCUUCGAGUCAUGGGGACUGAAAUGUUUUUCUUGAGCCUACGUGAUUCCAUCUCCGUCCUGGAAUUUGCUGGUGAAAAGGAUCUCGCGUCCAGGGUCACCUCAGCCGUGUUGAAUCAGGGAAAGGACAAGAUUUACGAAAUGUUUAAUCAGCGCAACAAACUCACGGAUGUGGCCACUUUUCCUUGCAUAAUCCACGGAGACCUGUGGGUAAACAAUAUUCUCCUCAAGUAUGACGCCAAGGGAAAACCUGUGUCACUCAAAUUUGUAGAUUUUCAACAAACCCGGCGUGGAAAUAUUUAUGAGGAUUUGAUUUAUUUCAUCUUCACGAGUACUACGCCCGAAUUUAGGAAACAGUAUUUGGUCCAAGUGCUCAACUCGUAUUAUGAAUCAUUCGCCAAGACUCUGGGCGCUCUAGGAGCUCAAAUUCCGAUUGGAUUUUCUCGUGGCAAGUUGAUUGACACAUUUUACGAAGGAAUUCUGGCUGGCUAUGUUUACAUGGCGUUUGCAAUCCCCAUGCAAUUGGCUGACCCGGUCGACCCCAAGGAGAAAGCAGAAGCGAUGCAGCAGCAAAUGAUGAACGGGGGAGGAGCUCCACCCCCAGAUCCGUCGCAAAUGUCGCCUGAACAAAUGAUGGAGAUGAUGAUGAAAGGUUUGGAGGCGAGGAGUGGGAUGUUUUAUGGGCAAAUGGUAAAAAGUCCAAAAGCUGUGACCCGUCUGGUUGAUAUUACAAAGGAAAUAGCGGAAAUGAAAUUGUUUUGACAAAUUCCAAUCAUAACACAAUAUUUUUGAUGAAUAUCUUAUGUUUUUCUGUUGAUGACUUUUCCUUAAAAUUUAGUUAACUAUUUAGUUGUCGCGUCCUCAGUUAUUGAGAUAAAUCAUAAAAUUUUAAAUCUACGCUAA